AUGGACGCAAAUGAUCGCGCUCAAGCAUUGAAAGAUUUUGAUGCGUACAAACCAACGUCUAACAUAGUGCAUGGAAGUUGCGACAGUGCAGGGCUCGAAACUGUACAAUCUACUGAACCGUUGCGAGAAGUGAUACUAGAGAUCGAACUUCCACCUGGACCCAUGGGCGUGAUGCUGGACCGUACUAUACUCGAUAUGACUGUAAUCGAACGCUUUGUACCUUUGCCCCGUGGCGGUCGAGGGUAUCUUGAAUUACACCCAGCCAUCUGCCCUGGUUGUGCAUUGAUCAGCAUUAACUCGAUAUACGUAGAAAAUAAGGGUCUAGCCGAGGUGGGUCCCAUCCUUGGGUCGCUAAUCGAUGCGCCAAAAUUACUGCGCUUCAAAAAGCUCAUGACUCAAGGUAGGACGGCAAACCCUUCGACACUUGAAGUACCAUACAUUCCUCCUCCACUGGAAGACGUGAAAACUAUUAGUGCAGAAAAAGAGCACAAUGAUGUUGCUCAGCUGGAGUACGAAGACAUUAACACACCAGAAAACUCAAACGGCGAGGCGUUGAUGACUCGGCUGAAUGGAUUUAAUAGCAACUUAGCUAAUAUUGAGAUAAAAUUGAAGGAAUUGAUUCGCCAUGAGCAUAGUGGACAGCCUGUUGCGGACCGCCGCAACCAACUUGCACAGCUUCACGGUACGGUGGAGAAAAUUCAGACGCAAGGCAUCGACUCGGUCAUUAUCGGGGAGCGCCGGCCGCAUAAUUACGAGGAGAUUAAACGGUUUCGGUCAACACUUGUCCGCAGAGCAGACGAUCUGGCUCGGCUGAUUCAGAACACUCUAAGUCAAAACUGUGAUCCGCCGGACAGUACGGUCGCGGGAUCAUUUGAAGAGAAACACCCCGUAUCAGCAUUUGCCUUUGUAAGAGGUGACUCGAAUAGCACUGUGAACGAUCCGCCUCUCGGUAUCUCUCAGCUUCGUGGUGAAUCAAGCUUUCAAUUCCUCAACGCCAAUGCCAAUCCUCAGGUUGCUGAUAUUCAUGGUGGAAAUGUUAUUCUACCGCAAUCCGCCCAAGCAGACAGCUCAUAUGGCUUCAGCUUUCUUCGUGACGGCGCACAACUUCAAAUGGCGGCAGCUGUAGCAGCUCCGCAAAGCUUCAGUCAAGCGCCGACAAGUCCAUCGUCUAGUUUUGGCAUAAUAACCGAAAAUGCAAAUUCGUCGAUGGACGCUGUUACAAACGUGUUUGCUGGACUUAAUGUGAAGGAGAGCACACAUCAUCAGCUUCCAAUAUUCGCUGGACUAAGCUUGAAGGAUGACAUGCAACCAGAUUUCGUUAGACCAACGCUGUACGACACUUUGACGAAGAGCAGCCACGGCAGACCCAUGGGUCUUCGUGAUUUGGAAGCUUCACUGCGCUCUACAGCAGCCUCUACUCAACCUGCUUUGGGUGCCCAGUCGAAUGGCCAGACUUUAAUCACUACUGAGCCAACACAGUCUUCCUUUGCCUUCAUAUCUACUGCAAAUGCCGCAGGGUUUGAGAGUAGCUCAUCAACCACACAGCCGUCGUCACCAACUGCAUUUGGAUUUCUGCGGGGCAGUAAUUCGUCGUCCACAACACCAACCGUCGCUUCCUCGACCGUUUCUCAGUCUCAAUCUUUGCAAGAAACCGAGCCGUCCAUGUUCUCAUUCAUCUCAGAUUGA